AUGAGCAUUUCAAACUUUGACUCGGGCUUCGGGAUCUUGGGCGAGCGAGACCGGCAAGACGACUUCAAUGAGACCACAGCGAUGGAUGACAGCUCCGGUUCAAGUAGCGAGGAAUCGGAUUCUGACGAUGGUGAAGACAAAAGUGCCAGCAGCAAUCUUCUCAAGAUUCUAGACGAUCUCAAGUCCGGCGCUAAUGCUAGCAAGGAGCGCAAGGCUAUGUCUGGCACUCUCGACCUCUCGAAUGAAACUGACCUCAAAGAGUUCCUGAGACAGAAAAGAACGUACCUGGCGAAGAAAACCACCAAAAACAUGACACUGCUUCACCUGAUCGCCGAACGUCCAAGAAAUGACAUGCCAGACAUGAAGAACUUGAAGGGCCUCGUCAGCGCACUAGUCAAGCUAGAAGAUAACCUUCUAGCAGAACGUGACCAUAAUGACAAGACGCCACUGUUCUUGGCUAUCACGAACAAAAACCGCAGAUUGGCAAGGGUAAUGUGCGAGGCCCACCAUGAUAUCAACAGUAUCCUAGGGAUAGGGAAAACGAACAACGCCCGAUCGACCAACUGUAUUCACGAAGCCAUCAAAAAUAAAUCAUCCCCUCGUGAUGAAAAGUUUCUCGUGGAUCUAAUCAGCAAAGCUAAAGCGGACACCCUCUGUGCCAUGGACGAGGAGGGACUCACACCACUCCACUUGGCAGUGGAAUACGAACGAUGCGAUGAGACCCAGCUGAAAAUCGUCCAAGCUCUGGUGAAGGAAGGCGAGAAAGCCCUGGACAAGACAUAUCAACAUGAAGAAAAAGGCCCACUCUCACCUUACUUACACCAUCUGCAUACCUGCGAGGAAUCAAAACAACGGGAGGCAAACGUGUCAGAAACGAAAAGGAGAUCAGAGAAGACGGAUGCCGAGUCUAGUCAUAGGAGAGACCGUCUUGGACGCAAAGACCACUUCAAGGAGUUGAAGGGAGGGCUGCCAAGAGAGAGGCCAAGAGACCAUUCGGUAUCGCGAGGGCUACAUUCUCUUCAACAGUCAGAAAUGGCAUCAGCAACAGAGUCAGAAGUACCCACGGGAAAGAACGGUCCCGAACUUUCGAUCGCAAACCAGGGCAGGGAAGAUACUUCAGCACAGCCCAAAGUCGACAGCAGAAGCCAAGAAGUCGCUUCAAUAUCCAAAGAAAAGGACAAAGAGAGGUCGUCAGCGAAGAGAAACCACAAAUCAAAGUUGAACCCAACGGCGACAAGUGCAUCUGACAUCGAGCGCUUCUUGAAGCUGCAAUACCUACGGCGGAAGACCCACGAUGACGCGGCAAGACUGCUCUACGGAGCCAAACAAGAGAAACAAAUAUACUUCGAUCUGUUUGGGACAUCGCCAGAGAUCAGCAAGGACGGACUAGUACAAGGGCUUUUUCAUCUUCGACUCGAAGACAUUUUACAAUAUGUCGCAAUUCCCAGGGUCUUCAUUGAAGAUGAACCGCCGGUGAAACUGAAGCCUGGCCAGCUGCCGCUGAAACCUGACGGGAGUGGCCGUACUGACAUGAAGUCUCUGUUCAAAUGGCUCAAGGACGAUAAGAAAGUAAAAACCAUUUUGAAGGUCAUUGUGGACGACCUCAAGGAGCCAGCGCACAGCGAUGAGGCUAUCGAAGAAUGUCUAGACGGAAUGGGCGUAGAGACAUGGGACUGGAGGAAGUUUGAUCUGUCUCCAGAUGUCAUAGAGAAGGUGGCGCCAAAGGUCUGUGUGGUGCAUUUGUACUGGAGUGGCAAUAACGCUGUCCUGAGGGGGUGGAGCGCUCCAGAUGGGCUCAAAAAGCUCAAAGGUCUUGAAAGAGUUCAUCUCCACGUGCAUCAGGGACUGGAAACUCGCAAUCGAAUCAGGCAAAACGUGGCGAAGUUUAAGAAAGACGUCGAAAGCGGUACCCAGAUCACAGUCCAAGACAAUAAGAUGGGGGAUGAUGCGACCGACAACCCAUCCAAAGGGAUGGUCACAGUUCGUGACCCGCACGAGAGGCAUAAGUGGGUGGUCAGUAUGGAAGAGUUCGCGGAUUUCCUACAGGCAGCUGAGAGAAACGCUGAGCUGACUGUGAAAACUCCAAUCACAAUUGCCAUCAUUGAUGAUGGAGUGGAUAUCAACGACCCGAAUCUACACUUGAGGGUUCAGGGUGGACGCAGUUUUUGCCGUCGAGACGAGAAACAAAAUCUCAACAAUCCGUACUAUGUAUCACCGGGCGGGCAUGGUACUGCGAUGGCUAGACUCAUUUGCAAGAUCUGUCCGAACGUCAAGCUGCAUAUCUUGAGGCUGGAUGAGUUCGACAGCGGCCAAGGCAAGCGAACAAUCACAGCUGCCGUCUCUGCCGCCGUGGAAGAGAAGGUAGACAUCAUAUCUAUGUCCUGGACCAUCGAGGAGACAGACAAGAAUGAGCCUGGCAUCAGAGAACUGAAUAAAGCCAUUGGCUCCGCCGCUGAGCAGAAUAUCCUUAUGUUCUGUGCGGCAGCAGACCAGGGUGCCGCAAUUGAUAGGACCUACCCAGCCGCCAGCCCCACGAAGCAGCUGUUCAAGAUAGGGGCAGCCGAGGCGGCAGGUGGUACCUACAAGUGGGUUGGCGACCUUUCUCAUGUCGAUUUCAUUUUCCCGGGACACCAGGUAGUGACGGAGCGACAUGACGAUCCCCGCGUGAAGAGCUACACUGCACUGACUGGUUCAUCUGUGGCCACGGCCCUGGCUUCGGCUCUAGCGGCCGUGAUCCUUUACACCGUACAAAUAGGUGGGAUCCGGCGGGAUGAAAAGAUUCGCCGUGGAAUCGGGCUGCCAGACAGUGGUCUGAUAAACAGAUACAAAGUGCUCAAAGACCAUAACAAAAUGCGGGAAGCUUUCCAGCAGAUCGGCACUACCAAGGAGAGCGAUCAUAAGUAUAUCAAAGUGUGGGAACGCUUUGAGCGGAAGGUCAAGAGAGCAGAGUCAGAUGGAGCACCCAAGGAUAAGUACAUUAAUUACAUUAUGGAACUAGCAGAUCAGCUUAUGUUGCAGAUAUAA